UCACUCGGCUCUCUUGUCAAUAUAAAAAGUAAUCUUUGCUUUAGGGGAUGUGUAUGAGUGGGCUCGUCUUUAAAUGACACGCCUAGUUCCUGUUGAAAUUCUAAAGUUGAUUGGCUACGCUCUGUGAGGGUGGAUUCCACUGACGCAUUCAGUUUGGAACAAUAAAUAGAGCGAACAAGGCUCCUUCCAGGUCACAAGUCUGAGAAGACGCAUGAAAAAGUUCUUGCUUCAACAGUGAUUGAACGGAACUCAUCUGCCUUCGUCCCGCAUCAUAGAACAUUCCUGGUUGUUGACAUAGUACUUACUUGAACUGUAAUAGCAAAAUAGUCGAAGAAACUCUAUUUUUGUACCGUUCAUUUGGAUAUUAAAGAAAAUCUGCCAAAAUGGAGUCUCAGAUCCGCCAGAACUAUCACCACGAUUGCGAAGCUGCUAUCAACCGGAUGAUCAAUUUGGAGAUGUUUGCCUCCUACACCUACACUUCAAUGGCUUUCUAUUUCUCCCGUGACGAUGUGGCUCUGCCUGGCUUCGCGCAUUUCUUCAAGGAGAACAACGACGAGGAGCGGGAGCACGCCGACAAGCUACUCUCCUUCCAGAACAAGAGAGGUGGACGCAUUUUACUCCAGGACAUCAAGAAGCCAGAACGUGAUGAGUGGGGCAAUGGGCUGGAGGCCAUGCAGUGUGCUCUGCAGCUGGAGAAGAAUGUUAACCAGGCCCUGCUGGACCUGCACAAAAUUGCCUCUGACAAGGUUGACCCCCAUCUGUGUGACUUUCUGGAGACCCAUUACCUGAAUGAGCAGGUGGAGGCCAUUAAGAAGCUGGGAGACCACAUCACCAACCUCACCAAGAUGGAUGCUGUCAAAAACAAGAUGGCAGAGUACCUGUUUGACAAGCACACCCUGGGAGGCCAGAGCUAAACCACUUCAUCCCCACUGGCUUUACAUUUAUAGGGAGGGGAGUGUUAAACUGGUGCAGUGCAACACAGCUAUAACAUUGAGGUGUUUCUGUUGACAACACUACUGUAUUUUGGAGGCAAGGCAUCUUGUAAAACAAUUAAAAAGAUCACAAAUGUU